GCAAAAGAUAUGGAGUACUUCAACCUUCUUCUGUUAACUCUACUUCCUUUAACACUUCUCAAAGUAUUCUCAUGGAUUACUAAAUCCUCACCAACAAAUCUCCCACCUGGUCCAUUCCCACUACCCAUCUUUGGAAAUCUUUUCAAACUCGGGAAGAGGCCUCACGAGUCACUAAGUCAACUAGCUCAAAUUUACGGUCCAUUAAUGACGCUAAAACUCGGUUCCUUAACAACAAUGGUCGUUUCUUCUUCUUCUAUGGCUAAAGAAGUUCUACAAAAACAUGACCAGUUGCUUUCUAGUCGGAUCGUCGUAGACGCUGUUAAGAUAUCCGGUCAUCACGAAUCAUCAAUGAUAUGGUUACCUCCUACUCAUCAAUGGAGAGCACUUAGAAAAUUAACAAACACACAUGUUUUCACUACCCAAAAGCUUGAUUUAAACCAAGGCCUGAGGCACCAAAAGCUAGAGGAACUUGUUUCUUACAUGCGGCAAAACGCAAACGCUGGUUCUGCGAUUGAUAUUGGUCAAGCUGUUUUUACGACGGUGCUUAAUUUGAUAUCGAAUAGUUUCUUUUCAAUUGAUUUAGCUGAUGAUUUUGGUUCAGAUUCGAUUUGUGCAUUUAAAGAUGCUGUUAGAGGAAUAAUGUGGGAAGCAGGAAAACCGAAUUUGUCAGUCUAUUUUCCGAUGAUUAGAUUCAUGGAUCUGCAACGUGCAAGACAUGGCAUGAGUAAACAUUUUGGAGUAUUGGAUGAGAUAUAUGAGAAGAUUAUACAACAGAAACUGUUGACACUACAGUCCGGAGAGGAGAAGACUGGUGACUUGCUAGAUAUGAUACUUGAUCCAUCCCAUGAUAAUGAAGUUCAGCUUCAACAUCAUGAAAUCAAGUCUUUAUUCAAGGACUUCUUUGUUGCUGGUACAGAUACUACCUCGGCCACGAUAGAGUGGGUAAUGGCGGAGUUACUUCACAACCCGUCUAAGAUGAAAAAGGCUCAACAAGAGCUUUUAGACAUUUUGGAGAAAGACCAGCCAAUUGAGGAUUCAGAUAUCGUUCGACUGCCUUACUUGCAAGCAAUUGUCAAAGAAACGUUGCGACUUCACCCGCCAGCUCCGUUUAUGGUUCCUCAUAAAACAGAGAGCAAUGUUGAAAUUCAUAAUUUCGUUGUUCCUAAAGGUGCCCAAAUACUAGUCAAUGUAUGGGCAAUUGGACGAGAUCCUGCUUUAUGGAAGGAUCCAACCUGUUUUAACCCCGAGAGGUUUUUAGAUUUGAAAACUGAUUAUAAAGGUCAAGAUUUCGAAUUGAUUCCAUUUGGAUCUGGUCGGCGAAUUUGUCCUGGUUUAUCAUUAGCGCAUAGAAUGGUACAUCUUAUGGUGGGUUCGCUUAUACAUUCAUUUGACUGGAACCUGGAAAAUGGGUUGAAACCAGAGGAUUUGGAUAUGGAGGAAGAAUUUGGGUUUACAUUAGCAAAGGCUACUCUGCUUCGACCUAUUCCAACUAUAAAGUUAUAAAUGAUGGAAGUUGCUAGCUUAUUGAGGUUCCAUAACAUGUCUUUGUAUUGUGGAUUGUAUUAUGGAUUGUAUUCUAGAUUUUCUUAUGGAAGUAUGCUUGUAAUCCAAUAUCGUUAUGUAAAACAUAAUUUAAUAUUAUAAGAAUGAUUAUUAAAUUUUAAUAA